AUGGAGACUCGUCUUCAUCAACGCAGCGAGCCGUUGGAGCAGAGGCAUGGUUCACCACCGCGUCGUGUGAGGAGGAGGCCUCGUCAUGAGGAGGUUCGUCGCGAGCAACCUGAGCAAUCGACUCCUCCUCCGCCUCCACUGCCUCCUCCUCCUCCUUCUCCGACGCCUCCAUUACCUACUCCAUCAUCCUUACCUUCGCAGCAAGGAUCUCCGGCACUCUCUCCGGAAGCCUCGGGAGGCGGAUUGCCAUUACCUCAAGCUCCGAUCACUCAUAGAGAUUGGAGACGUUUGGUCCGCAACAUUGACAACAUACGACAGCGGAAUGAUUACUUGCAAGAGCAGUUGGACUAUUAUCGCCUUGAGUUUGAGCCUUUCUCGGCGGCGGUAAGGGAGGUAGAAAUUCCUGAUAACAUGAAGAAUCUCGUUCUAGAGACGUACAACGGAAAGACAGAUCCGAAGGAUCAUCUGCUCUACUUCAACACGAAGAAGGUGAUAAGUGCAGCUUCUGAUGCAGUGAAGUGCAGGAUGUUCCCGUCAACUUUCAAAGGCACGGCGAUGGCUUGGUUCAAGACUUUGCCUCGCGGAUCUAUCACGAACUUCCGCUAUUUCUCGUCGAAGUUCCUUAUUCAGUUCUCUGCAAGCAAGAUCAAGCAAGUCACGAUUGAUGAUCUGUAUAACGUUCACCAGUUAGAGCGAGAAACUUUGAAGCAGUAUGUGAAGCGGUACAAUGCAGCAUCCGUCAAGAUAGAGGAGUCGGAGCCGCAAGCUUGUGCGCGCGCCUUUAAGAAUGGACUGCUGCCGGGGAUGUUGAACAGCAAGCUAAGUCGGAAGCCUGCUCGUUCGAUGGCGAAAGUCGGCGCUGGGGCGAACACUUACAUCCUGGAUGAGGAAGACGAUGCGUUCAAAAGGAGGCGUGCCAAGACGGAAAAAGAUGACGGUCAGAGGGACGUAUCGCCAGCAGGCAGGCGUGGUCAAGAGAAGGGAGAAAGUAGCAAGCGAAGGGAUGAGAAAAUCAAACCAUCGGAGAAGAUAGCGAAGGACCAACUCUAUCUGAAGAAGGAAAACUUUGAGCGCGGCGCCCGUGGCAAACUGAUUCUCGCCAGCGAGAGGGGGCAGGCAAAAACCUGA